AUGGAGGCCUGGCCGCCAAAAGGAUAUACGGGACCGCCAGUACAAUACCAACCACGGAAGCUGGCUACUCAACACGCAUACUGCGCGGAUAUACCUGAGGAAGAAGUGAACGAGGAAUGGAACAGAUAUCAUGCAGAAUGUGAUGCAUACAUGGCUCAGUUCUCCGAUUCACAGCACACUCAGUCCGAUGACGUUGCUGAAGACCCGGAGGCCAUUGAAACCACUGAGACCGUUGCUCAAACCUGUGUGCCGGCAGAUUGGAUUACGACUUGUUUACGUUGUGGCGAAGGUUUUACUUCCAACAAUAAGCUCCAUCAGCAUCUACUUGACUGCAAGGUCUCAGCGGCGGCCGCCCCAGAUCAAGAAACGGUGGCAAAUUUCGCCCAGACGCAGGCUAAUGUUCCAAUUGUUGAAUCUGACAGGAAAGGCCAUGAUCGAGAUUUACCACUAGCAUUUCGGUCCUGGAAGUACGCAUCCGCUCUGGUCGCAAUCCAGGACCCUCACUCAGCUAUCACAGUCUGUUUGGAUUCUGGAUGUGUUAUGACAUUGAUCGAUGCGGCGUUGGCGAGAUCCCUCCAGGUGCCCAUUGUGCCAAAUAAGCCGAUUGCGUUUAAGGGGAUUGGGUAA